AUGACCAAGUCAACGUCGAGGGCCACGUUUGACCGUCUGUUGGCAGCAGUGCAUGUUCAGCAUGCCUUGGUUCGACCAGACGGGACUCAUAAUGAACUUCCUUCUGCCCUCGCCACGCUGCUCUUCCUUGGCAGAACGCCGGAGCAACUUCAAACGGUGAACAAUUCCUUAGCCAGCGGACUAGUUCCCUGGACCCCGUCACCGAGAGCCGUUCAUGAUGAUGAAGACAAAACGCGGCUUCUCGGAGACAUCAGGUUCCAGCGUGCCUUCAUGUCCUACUUUAGCCUGGAAAACGGCAACUUUGGAGGUGACACCAGGGCGCUCGCAAUACACCACAUCUUUAGUGGCAAUUACAGUGGCAGUGAACCGCUACUCUACGGCCUCUUUUCUGGAGUUGGACGUCCCUUGUCUCUUCUCGCCGACGGAAUCGAGCUGCAGGCGACCAUCCUGGUGAUGGAGUCCCUGACGCUCUCGGCGGUACAUUGGAUGGAGCGCUUCGGCGAUUUGUUGACUGCACCAGAAACGCCAGAGCCAUCCACGAACUAUCUCUCGCCAGAAGACAUCCUCGGGCGGGCCGGGCACGACGGGCGGUUCAGCGGCGUCAUGAAGACCGGGCCGGGGUUUCACGGAGUAUCUUACGUCUUCACGCACCCUGGUGCCCAAGCCGCGAUUAUGGAGUACAUGCAAUACCUUGACACCCGGGAUGUUAUGCUUCUCGUACAGCAGAUAUCUGCUUUAUCCGUCUUGCUCCUGUCAGCAACCCAUAAGCCAAAACAACCGGCAUUUGACCUGUAUCUCGCCCGACUCCCGACAUGUGUCUAUAGCACACGAGUGCUCCUUACCACAUGGGUGGUGGACCAGGAGCAACAACUCCUUCUUGUACGAAGCCUGUGGCUGCUCGUGGUGCUGACAUAUGUCACGCAGCUCCGUCCGAUCAUUGACGGGAAACUAAUGGUGUCGGAGGAGCUAGCAUGUGAAAACGCGACGUGGGAGGGUGUAUUUGGCGAACCAGAAAACGGGGCAGGGAGCGCGGGCGCGGGCGGUGAAAUUGGCGAUGUUGAUCUGUUGAGAGCGCUUAGGAGUCUGAGGGAGCUGUCGAGGGUGUACGAGGGGGUUCAUGGGAAGCUGUAUUUGCACGCGGCGUGGAAGAUGAGGAAACAGUGGGCGGGGUGGACUGGGCGGGGGACAGAUCGGGAAGCUGUACUUAAUAUUAGAUUGUAA